AAAUCUGGCGCAUACUUCGACGACAAAUCUGGCGCCUCCUUCCCGAGAACAAUGGCAUUUCAAGAACUGCACGUGCCAUCCGAUCGACACUCGCUUCUUGUCUGCGGUUGUCUCGCUCGUCGUUCAGAUUGAAGGAUUGCCUAUUGCUUCACUCAAACAUGUUCUCGGUGUCUAAAAGUAGGAAACUUUAGAUGCUUGCCUGAGAUAUCAUAGAAAUGUCUGAUGUGAGAAAUCUGUGGUGAUGGAUGUCAUUGGACAAAUAGCUCCGGAACAAGCUGCAGGAUGGAACGUCUCACUGAAGCUUCGAUGAAGAAUUCAGCUACUGCGGUGGCGAGCAGGUUUCAGGCUUAAUAAUUGGUGACCGUCAAUUUUGCACCUCUUCAACAGUUGUUGCGGGCCCCACUUGAAAAGCCAGUGAGGCCGGACAAGCGGAGUUUGGAGUCGCAGACUAUGGGGCUAUGUUCGCCAUUUCAUCGUUUAUUCUUAUCCCCUUCGUCCCCCCACUGCCUGCCUCCUUAUACAUGCACGCCGCCACCACCGCUCACCGCUGGCAUGGGAUCAUGGAGGAGGAAGAGCAGCAGCACGGCGAGACGCUCGUCUCGCCGACGGGGUUCCGGCGGUGGCUCGAGGCCGGGAACGAUGACACGCCGCCGACCGAUGUCCGGAUCGUGACGUCCGGCCAGCGGCGACUCCCGGCUCAUUCCAGCGUUCUGGCUUCGGCAUCUCCCGUGCUGGAGAGCAUGCUGCACCGACCACGCAAAGGUGGCAGUAACCGAGAAAUGGAGAUCCCCGUUCUUGGCGUUCCCUGCGAUGCUGUUCAUGCUUUCCUCCGUUUGCUCUACUCCGCCAGGUGCGUGACGCUUGCGGAGGAGGAGAUCGUCGGGGAGCACGGGAUGCACAUGCUGGUGCUGUCGCACGCGUACGGGGUCGGGUGGCUGAAGCGCGCGUGCGAGCGGGUGCUGUCGUCGCGGCUGACCGCCGAGGGCGUGGUGGACGUGCUGGUGCUGGCGCAGCAGUGCGACGCCCCCCGCCUGCACCUGCGGUGCAUGCAGCUGCUUGCCAAGGACUUCGCGGCGGUGGAGCAGACCGAGGCCUGGCGGUUCCUCCGGGACCACGACCCCUGGCUGGAGCUCGACAUCCUCCAGUUCCUCGAGGACGCCCACCUGAGACGGCGACGGCUGGGGAGGAGGAAGGCGGAGCGGAGGCUGUACAUGGAGCUGCACGAGACCAUCGAGUGCUUGCACCACAUCUUCAAGGAUGGAUACGCGGCGAUGGGGCACUCCGGCAGGGAGGAGAAGCGGGCCCGCUGCCCCAACCCCGUCACCUGCCGCGGCCUACGGCAGCUCGUCCGCCACUUGGCGGCCUGCGACAACGAGAAGAGGCGCUGGUGCCGUCGGUGCAAGUGUCUCUGGCAGCUCCUCCGCCUCCACGCUUCCACCUGUACCGAGCUCGACGACGCCUCCUGCGAAGUUCCCCUGUGCAUGCAAUUCAAGCGGAGGAUGCAGCGUAGGGAAGGCGAAGAAGCGGAUGGUGAUGACAAGUGGGGGAUGCUGGUGAAGAAGGUGGUCUCAGCUAGAGUUGUGUCCCACUUGGUGAAGAAGCACAAACAACCGGUACUGUAUCCGGGGGAUUCAAACUACAACAGCAGCUUUAGCCGAGUAGUUCGCUUGGUUGCUCCUCCUACUCUUAUGUUGCUUUGUUCUUCGGUUCACCAUCCUUGUCUUGUGUAAAUUUAGUCAGGUAUAUAUAUAUAUAUAUAUAUAUAUUACUAUUUUUUUUGCAUCGCACGGAGAUUUGUCACGUGGGCUUUUAUGACUGCAGACGAAGUCAAUUAUAUAUGAAAAAAAAUUAUUUUUUGAUUAAUUUUUACAAAAAAAAUCUAACCAUGAGUAGUUUUUAGAGUUUGAAUAGUUAGAGACAGGAGGGGAUUCGAGAUGGGUAUAUGUGAUAUUGGAAUCGAUUUAUUAUAUCCUAAAUCGUCUUCAAAUCUCGAUCAAAAUUAGUCAAAAUUAAUUUGAUCGAAUGGAAUUGGGCCGCUGCGUCGUAUCUCGCUGGCUGCAAUUAUGACGUGCAUCGGAAUCAUAUCCGCUGGCACUUGAAUUCCUCGUCUCGGUGGUCGGUGACCAGUAGUGCUUCCUCUUGAUAUCCUCUCUGUCGUGGGGUACGUGAGGUUGCUUGUCUCCCUCCUCGGAUAGCAUGCCUUGUCCCCGUCCUCCCUCUUCAAAGGUCGGCAUCGAUUGAGCAGCUCAAGGCACUCUUGACGUAAGCUUGCCCAGUGUACGUAUCUUGUUCUUCCUAUGGCAACAAUGAAUGCCCAGCAAGUGUUCGACAAAAUUCCCCAGCUAAAACAACUCGUGUUGGGCUGGGGGUGUGCAGCAGAAAAGUGCGUGAGGUGCACUUACGGCGAUGAACUUAUUGACGGAAAGGAAGACAAGGAUAAGAGAACAAAACGGAGUCACGGAGGACCUACUGUGGCCGACCGUGUUUUGCUCUACGCGUUUCACGUUGGUCCGCCACUUUCUUUUACCCCGAGAAAACUCGAUUAGUUCGAUGUCCUUGGAUUCAUGAACUCAUCUCAGAAGACUGCACAGAUCGCGAUGGAUGUAAUUAUCUCAAGAGAUCUGCAAUGAAGACUGUCACGAAUUUGAAGCAGUGUUCGCAGUGAAGAAUUGAAGUCAUCCACAUCCAUGGCGACGCGUUGCAAGCCUUCGUGAAUGCAGGAAAUAACGUCAUUAGCUUCACGGAGUAUUAGCUUCAUUCCCACCAUGAUUACAGUCUCAGCUACUCUUAGGUCAUUCCUAUGUAAACUAACAAAGACAGCUAAUUAUACAUUAUUUUUAUAAUUGUCUAUCUUCUACA